UUUGCGUUUUAUAUGUGAUGUUGUUUUGAAAUAAACAUUUAUAAUGAAAUUAGUAUGUAAAUAGUUAUAUACAGGCGCUGCUAUUUGGGACUAAAAUGGGUCCUUGGUUCUUGUUGCUAAGCGCAAGGUUAAAUUAGUGUCUCUAAGAGAUGUUACAGUAAAUGUAGGUGAUUGUCAUGUUUAUAUUUAUCAAACUCAAGUGACAGUCAGCAUUUAGUGAAGCUCAAGAUGAGCUUAGAGAUAUGUCCAUUUUGUGGGAAGUCGUUCAAAAGGCUCAAAUCACAUCUGUCUUACUGCAACAUGUCCCCUGGGUCUAAAACUUCCAAAGUCACUAACAAAUCUAAAGAAAUACCGACUACUACUUUUAAAUCAAAAAUGAAUAAGGGUAAGACUACAAAAGUAAAUACUAAAAAUAAUGACAUUCAUUUGAAUUGCUCAACAAUUAAGGCAACCUCAAAAUCCACCAAAUCCAGAUCCAAAAAUGCUGAAAAGGUGAAUAAGGAACUUUUACAAAACACCUCCGCACUAACAAGCACCGCCUCCAAGAUACUAUCCAGAGAAGGAACGAACACAGACAUGUCGAAGCCCAAAACAAAAUGGCUUGCAAAAAGAGAGCAAGAGAUGUUAAAACAAGCUAAACUUAAAACACAGACUAGAAUCAAAUUCACUUCAGUUUCUCAGCAGGAAAAGUAUAGCAGUAAAACAUUUAAAACCCCAGUAAAAGACACACAUUUAUCAGCGAAAGAAACUGUCAGUGGGCAAAAUCAGCUUACAGGAACUAAUUUGACUUCUCAACUAACAAACAACAAGAUCAACCGCAGUGUGUCAGAUCCCUUUCAAAGAGUUCCCUGGACCACAGGCUGUCAGGAUAAGCAAAGUAUUCCAGUGGACCAGACACAAAAUAGUCCAAAGUCUAUGACCAAAGAAUAUACUUUGGCUACAAGAUGUAAAGAGCAAGGUGUAUCUACAUUUCAAACUAAGACUUGUGUGUGGGACCACAUUAAACAUGGACUUCACAGAAGUAGAUACGACAUUGUUCCCAUGUUAUUUCCCAUAGUUUCAGCACACAAAGUAUCUUUUGCCAAGUGUGUAAACACUUUAGAGUCUGUACUCAAGCCUCAUACAGGGAAUGAUCAAAACAUUACUAUGAAGACUUCACCUGGAGAGUUUCCUAUUUUGCAAACCUCUGUCCAAAGACCAGCUGAAGACAUGUUCAGCUCACGAUUACAAAACCUGUCCGUUCUGCCAUACGCACCUGAGAUGGAAACAGGUUAUGGUGGAACAUUUUUCUGCUCACCUGAUUCAGAAAUCUCCUCUAAUGAAAAUGUAUUGAUGAAGUGCCAAACCUCCAAGCUUUCAUCACAGAGACAAGGUUUAAUGACAGAGCUGAGACUUAGAGAUGUGAGAUUGAAUGAGCUUGCUUCUUGGCUUGGUGCUCAAACACCAAAAUCACCCAGGGAGGCUGUGACAAUGUUUAACAAAGGUUGGCAGUGGUAUUACAGGAAGUACAUUGAUGUGCAAAAAGGAGGAAUUGGUGGGAUUGCAAUGCUGAUUGGUUGCUACUGUGUCUUGAGUUACAUUUGGAGUUACCCCCAUAUCAAAAAAGACCGCUGGAGGAAGUACCAUUAGAGUAUUUGGUGGACAUUUUUCAACUGUACUGAUGCCAGAGUAUUGCAAUAUGUGCAUUGCAAUACUUGUACACUAGAUAUUUAUACAGUCAUUUAUUUUACAUUUUUAAUGCAUAAUGAAUUUUUGUUACAAACUUAAUUAUUACUUAAACCCUCCAUGUUGACUUACUUCCAACAGAAGUAGGUUUAUUAGUGAAUAAAAAAUAUUUGUAUAGUUAUGUAAUAUAGUUACCACAAGUAAACACUUAACUUUGAUACAGAAAGAACCAUUCACUGACAUCCAUCUAUGCAUUUAGGGUGAUGUCAGACAUGCUCAAAAUAAUAUUCUUUUUAUAUUUAUUUUUGAAAUGUAUGCAGAAUGUAGUGCACUUACAUAGAUUUGUUUUGUUUUAAAAGUCAUGGUGUCUAAUUUGUUUGCAGAACUGGUGUGAAAAUUGUACAGAAAAUGUUUCGUCCUUUUUUCCAUUUCAAUUUAAGACAAACAUUCUGUUUAUUAAUAAACGCUAAAUGUCAGUAUUUAAAUAAUAGUUUAAACAGUUUUGGUAACAAAAGAACCAUGUACCACAUGAAGUAUCUGUUGUAUUCAAAGUGAAUUUAAUAUUGAUUGAUCUUUGUUGUUGUAGUGAGCACAAAUUAAACAUUAAUUCAAUAUC